UGGGGCCCCAGGUCUUGUAGAGUCCUGGACAAGAUGGGACGGGUGCCAGAGGGGGCAUCUUGGCCUCUGAGGGCACCUGGAGCAGGCGUGUGGGGAGCCUGUGGGUGCAGAGGAGCGCUUCUGCCCUUUCUGCCCUCCUUCCUGCCGCCCUCUCCGUGAGGGAGCAGUGCUGGGCCUGCAGCACCUUGACCCUGCACCCACCUGGCAGUCAGCCUGAAUCCCAGAUCCUUGGCCAGGCCCCUCCUCUGCUCAGUCACCCUUUGGUGGCGACUCCACCCUCCAGCCUGACUGUGAUCAAAUGAAUGAAGCAGUUUAGUCCUCUGGUUUUGGCGUUUCAAACCAUUUGCUCUCACUGCACCCUGUGCAGACACGGCUGGGGGAACUCCUACUCAUCCAUCAAAACCUGGUCCCAGAGUGCCCUUCCUGUGGUGCUCCUGCACUUCCUCACAGACUUCUCUUCAUGUGUUAACACCCACCCUAGUUGUCCUCUCCUCUGCGGACAUGCAGAGUCCAACCGAGACUGCCAGAUAGACCAGCAUCACCGGAACCAGUGCCAGUACUGCCGCCUCAAGAAGUGCUUCCGGGUGGGCAUGAGGAAGGAGGCGGUGCAGCGCGGCCUGUCACCUGGCGACCCGACCUGGCUUCCUGAGCCUCGAACCUGUAAGAACUCGGCUCCGGAUUCCCUUGUGUCCGCGGACCCUAUGCCCUGUGCCCUGAAUGGAAGCCCCGCUAGAUCCUUUGGGCCCACCCCAGGCACCUUAGCGAGGCUUGUCUGCGCACCGGAUGCUGCUGUCCGGGGCCCACCACACUUCACACACUCCCCUCACGGCCCCAGCGUUGACGAAGCCCUGUCCCCAGAUGCCUGCGGCCUGUCAGACCCAGCGCAUGUGGAGAGCCUGCAGGAGAAGGCGCAGGUGGCGCUCACGGAGUACGUGCGCGCCCAGNCGCCUGCCCGCCCUGCGCGCACCGGCCGUUCUUAAAGACAGAUCUGUGCUUUCUUGCUGCGCCUGCCCGCCCUGCGCGCAGUGCCCGCCUCGCUCAUCUCGCAGCUCUUCUUCAUGCGCCUGGUGGGCAAGACGCCCAUCGAGACGCUGAUCCGCGACAUGCUGCUGUCGGGCAGCUCCUUUAGCUGGCCCUACGGCGCUGGCCAGUGACCCAGCCGGCCGUUCUUAAAGACAGAUGUCUGUGCUUUCUGUUUUUUAAAUGAUCAGAAACCAAACCAAGACAGAUCUUCCGGGCUGGCCUCGUUCUCCUGGCUCUCUGGGCCUGAGCACUCCGGGGCGGCAACAGGCGUCCUGUGUGGGACACUCCGGGGCCAUCAGGCUGAUAAUAAAGACAUUUCCGACCUGC